AUGGAAGACCUGCGUCAAACAAGUCAGAGAGAUAUAAGAUCCAUAAACCCACUGAGUUUCAUCAAGGAGGACUUGAGCCAGUUUAAGGAAGAAGUGUUGAAGGUGUUCAAGGACAAGGACACAAACCCAUUAAGUCAGGCAGAAAAUAAACCUGCCAUUAGUACGCUCAACCUCCUGAAAGAGGACUUGAGCCAGUUUAAAGAAGAUGUGACCAGUUUCUUCAGUUUGGAGAAAGAGACCAAGUCCACAGAUACUAAAACAAGUCAGUCAGCAGAGAAGACCAUCAACCGUCUGAGCUUUCUUCAUUUUAAAGACGACCUUUCUAGCGUCUUCAGAAUGGGUCCUUCAAAGGAGAGGGACAACAAGGCCAAGGAAGAUUCAUCCAACACCUUUAAAAUAACAGCAGAAAGCCUUUUCAGAAGAGACCAAAAGACUUUGGUCAUAAAAGUAGAGAACUCUGAGGAAGUUAAAGGGGUGUUCUCAGAGAAGGAGGAGAAACAAAUGGAUGCUGGCUUUAGGGGAAACCUCUCAGAGUCCAUCGAAGAGACAGUCAGAGGAGAGAAGAUCUCAGAAAACAUGAAGGACAGGAUGCACAAAGUGGAGGACAGGGAAGGGGAUAUAACUUCCUCUGAUGACAAAAGAGGAGGAGGAGGAGGACAAGAAGAAGAACAUAAGCCAUCAGAGAAUCUUUCCUGUGAGCCUCUGUCUUCUGAGACCAGUAUCCUUAAUCUGAGAGACCCCAACAAAGACAACCGGAGCGGUCAGCCGGGAGGAGACUUGUGGUCACUGAAAAACUUUGCCUGUUAUUUGACCUUUGACCCCAACACUGCCAACUCAGAGCUCCGUCUUACCGAAGGCAACAGGAAGGUGACCCGGGUGUGGUCGGACCACCGGCCCACGGAGCACCCGGACCGGUUUGAGCGCUGCCCCCAGAUCCUGUGCAGGGAGGGGCUUCUGGACUCGGUGUACUGGGAGGUGGUGUGGAGCGGCGGAGCAGACAUUGGCGUCUCCUACAACAGCAUCUCCAGAGACGGAGACACCCGCAGCAGUCUGCUGGGACACAGCGAGCACUCCUGGAGUCUGGAGUGUUCAGAGGGAAGCUACACGCCGUGCCACCAGAACGACAGGUUCAGUUCCUCCUCGCCACAACCCUUCACCCACAGAGUCGGGGUUUACCUAAACUGGUCUGUCGGCUCACUGUCAUUCUACUGCAUCUCUCAGGACACCAUGGUCCACCUCCAUACCUUCACUUCCACCUUCACUGAGCCUCUGUACCCAGCUUUCUGGGUGUGGGCCUACGGGGGGUCAGUGUCACUGUGUCAGGUGGAGUUAGACUGGGAGCGACUGCUGCAGUGAACAAGGGGGAUCACAAUGGAUCCAUCCUUAAGCACCAGCAUCAAGCUGAUUGGUUGAUUAUGCUCCUUACACACACAAAAGCUGUUAGUAUUUAUGCAUCAUCAACACCUAGGCCCGUUUAUCCGCAUUAAGAGUGUGAAGACAUAUGU